AUGGUCAGCAGAAUCCAGAAAAGUCGUGAUAGCCGACGUGGAACUUCGGUACUGAUCCCAUCUGUUGCAUCCGUACUUCUGAGACUUCUGCCUUCUAGCGCACUGCUGGAAGCUUUCGGAGAGCAGAUCUCAUCUUGCUUCAAGCCUCGUUUUAUGCCUUUUAACCCAGGGGACCCCGUGACAGCCGACGUGAGGCUGGCCGAGCUUGAUCCGGAAAAGCUGUGGUUAAUCCGACGUGACGCAAGCCCCAAUGGUCAACGUGAUCCAGGGAAGCCCGCACAGCCGAAGUUAUUCAAGAAAGCCAUGCUAGCCGCGAUGGUGACACGAAUGUGA